AUGGCGAAAACUCGACCUGGUGUUGCCUCGAAAAUCAAACCUGGGAGGAAGGAGCUCGACCAAUAUACCAUCAAAGGCACCAACAAAAUUGUGAAAGCUGGAGAUUGUGUGUUGAUGCGCCCAUCGGAUGCUGGUAAACCACCGUACGUGGCACGUGUUGAGAAGAUCGAAGCGGAUGCGAGGAGCAAUGUGAAGGUGCACUGCCGAUGGUAUUACCGCCCUGAGGAGUCCCUUGGUGGUAGGAGACAGUUCCAUGGAGCUAAAGAACUCUUCUUGUCUGACCAUUUUGAUGUCCAAAGCGCACACACCAUUGAGGGGAAGUGCAUCGUUCACACCUUCAAGAACUACACGAGGCUUGAGAACGUUGGUGCAGAGGACUAUUAUUGUAGGUUCGAGUACAAGGCUGCUACUGGCGCGUUUACCCCUGACCGUGUUGCUGUGUACUGCAAAUGUGAAAUGCCGUAUAAUCCAGACGAUCUCAUGGUGCAAUGCGAAGGCUGCAAAGACUGGUAUCAUCCUGCGUGUGUUGGCAUGACGAUUGAAGAAGCAAAGAAGCUGGAUCACUUUGUAUGCGCUGAAUGCAGUUCUGAUGACGAUGUCAAGAAAUCGCAGAACGGGUUUACAGCUGAUGAUGCCAAGGUGGAAACGAAGCGCAGAAAAAGAUAA